CGUGGGGCGAGGGGGAUAGCACGGGCAGAGCAGCAGCGUAGAGGAUGGAGAAGCGUGCGGGCGAGGCGUAGCUUGGGAAGGCCUGUCCGCUCAGGCGCAUUAUCUCAUCACGCGAAUUUUCUUGCGCCAAUCGCGGCGGAGGGAAGCAUUCGCGGUCGGAAUUCACGGACGAUCGAUUGCGUAUGGGAUUUCUUGUCCGAUGGCAUGGCCGAAGGGAUCUUAUUCUCGGCGUCACGUUUUGGGUGACCAGUGCAUGUGGCUUCCGCGUUGCGGGUAACGAACGACACUGAAGUGGCGACGGUCAAAGGCGACCUCUGGCUUCACCAGAAGCCAGCAUGGUCCGGACAGCAUCCACAGCUGGCUCACUGCAGGAGCAUGUGCGCUUUCCACCUUCUUCGCCUUGGCUCCAUUGAGGUCGUCCGGGAUCCUUUAUGUCAUCAUCAUGAAGGAGUUCAGCGUGAGCCGAGAAGAAGCGGUCUGGACCAUCAUGCUUCUUGGGGGGGCAAGAGUGUUGUCAGGACUGCUGGCGGGACCCCUGGGCCACCGCUUCACUGCGCGGCCUGUGAUCAUUGUAGGAAGCGUAAUCUCAGCCCUCGGUGUCAUGCUCAGUUUCUUCGCCGACUCUAUUGGGACGCUGCACGCCGCCUUAGGAGCAGUGCACGGUUUCGGAAGCGGGAUCGUCUACGCAAUGAACCCCAUAGUAAUCAGCGAACACUUUGUCAAGUACAAGGGACUGGCGAUGGGCAUCAACUUCGCCGGAUCGACGCUCGGAACCUUCGUCUUUCCCAAGCUUCUCGAAUAUCUCGUGGGUGUGUUCGGAUUUCACGGCGCCCUACUUAUCUUCGGUGGCUUACUACUCAACUCCGUCGCGUUCAGCCUGUUUCUCCGGCAGCCCGUCUGGCUCAAGUCAGAGAGCACCACAACUUUAAACGAAGUCACCGAUGAAACGGAGUGCCAAGGGCGUGCCGAGCAGUGGACCAUUUCGGGAUCUAUAGCCGACAGGGACGCUAUCGUUAAAGACAAGCCCGAAUCGAUGCUCAUGGGCUUGAGCAUCUUCAAGCUUCCCAUGUUCUACGUCAUCACCUAUUCGUUCAUCUCAUUCAAUUUAAGUUACGACUGCUACAACUCCCUUUUCAUCGACUUCGCCAUCGACAAAGGAAUUCCGAUGAGCAGUGCGGUGACUAUGAUGUCUCUUUCCUCGGUGCCUGACCUGGUUGGAAGGCUGGUCCUUCCUGCUGUGACGGAUCGGGGACUGAUCAAGAGGAGGACAUUAAUGAUGGCCCUGCUCGCUCUAGUCGGGGUCCUGUACAUUGUGCUGCCUUACCAGCAAGGCUAUGACAUCAUCUUCGUGCUAACGUCCGCUGUGGCACUUCUGCUCGGCUGUGGAGUCGUACUCUUCCCUGUACUGCUCGUCGAGUACGUCGGCAUAGACCGAAUGGCUAUGGCGACUGGCAUGCUGACGGCCCUGUCGGCAACGUUUUCCUUUGGCAAGCCGUCCAUUAUCGGUUUUUUUUCGCGACACCCUGGGAUCCUACCACUACCUGUUCGUGGUCUGCGGUUGUGUCGCCAUCUCAGCGUCGUUGGCCUGGGCGGUUGUAGCAGCAGUCAGCCGCAACACCGUCAAGACAAAGUGGACUCUUCAACACGCCUUUACGGGAAGAGACAUUUCCCCGGGAAAGUUUUCCUACCUUCCCUCCCUAAUUAUGCUCGACGACGGCCACUACGUGGACUACAAGCGCGUGGCGCGGCACAGCGUGUCGUCCAUAUUUUACUGAAAGUCAAAACAUUGUUUCAUUGUAAACUAUUCACUUCACCAAUCGCAUAGAAGGAUGCUGCGUUUCAUAAGCUGGAGUCACGGAUGGUUGCCGAGAGCAUUUCAUUGUACAUCCCUGGCUAGCCCAAAUACUUCAUCGUU